AUGGAUCACAAUCUAUUCUCAAGUAUAGUUGUAGUUGAGUCCCUGAUUCGCCAAACGGAAGAACGAUCGAUGACAAAUUCUGAUCCGAAAGCAAGACUCCCAACUUGUAAUAGCAAUACCAUAGUUUGGAUUCAAACCGAUCACUUUCAACAAGAGUUCUAA